CUACACUCGUUGACCCGGAAGUGAUGGCGAUUCCCGUCAGGAGGGGGAACAGGCUAAUGCUAACUCGUAGAAGAGCUAGGGCAGAUUAGUGAGAUAGAUUCUCACUGUGAACAGGUUUUACAUUAUUUCAUAUUCAUAUAUAUUGAUGUUGACUCGCCGGGAGCGGGACUGUCGCCGCGUCCCGCGGCGUCUUGCUGCCCUGAGUUAGCCAACAAGCUACAGAAAGCUAAGCUAACGUUAGCAAGCUGCUGCUGCCGGUGUCAGGGGAAAGUUACCUCGACAACGUGGAGUACACGUGGGUGUUAAACGGGCUGAACGGUUCUUUUUCGCCGCAUUGAAUUCUAUGAAAAACGUGUGAAAUGUGACUUGAUAACAUCCGGUGGACGGUUUGUGGUUCAGUUAGUGUCGUCGCCGUCUGUCGCACAAUGCGACGGCUUGUGUCGAGGGUCGUGAGCCGAGUUCUGCUGAGCGAACUGUUCGCCCGGGCGACGCGCGUCGAGGCGGCGCUGCACACGCGCGGCCCCCGGAAACUGGUGGUGGGUCUGGGGAACCUGGGGAUGGAGGGCACCAGACACAGCGUGGGCAUGGCGGUGCUUGGCGCGCUCGCCGCCCGGCUCGACGCUGCCGAGCGCUGGCGCGGCGACAAGCACGUGUCCGGCGAGGUCAUCGUCGUGUCGGAGGCCCAACACGCCCACGUGGUGCUGCUCCGCCCCCGGCUGCCGAUGAACGUCAACGGGGUGUCCGUGGUGAAAGCGGCUGGUAAAUACGGCGUCAGGCCCGAAGACGUGGUGCUGGUCCACGACGAGCUGGACAAGCCUCUGGGGAAGAUCAGCAUCAAACACGGAGGAAGCGCCCGAGGUCACAACGGAGUCCGCUCCUGUGUCGACUGUCUUCAGACGGACGCGAUGAUGAGACUCCGUGUCGGGAUCGGCCGGCCGGCGGGGAAGUCGUCGGUGGAGCGUCACGUCCUGGGUCGCUUCUCGUCGGAGGAGCGGAAGGUGCUGGACUCUGUUCUGGUCCAGAGUGUGGACCUCCUCCUCUCCCAGCUCGCCCUGCAGGACGACGCCCGGCAGGACGCCCAGUCCCCAGCCUCGCCAGCAGGGGGCAGGCGAGCAGCGCAGGAGAGGGAGGAGGAGGACAAGAGAAAACCAGUCAACAUGGAGAAACAGGCUCUUCACUGAGACUCUGACUUAUUCUCACAUUAAUAGACAGACUUGAGAUGAUGCAACAGGAAGUGAGGUUUGGUCAAAAUGGACAAACGUCACAAGCUCGUGUUUGAAUAUCUGUUGCUUAAAGAACAAAUCGUUUACAGUUAAAAACUUUUUGUCUGGCUGUUUAUUCUCAAUGCCUUUUAAAAACCUGCGAACAUUUUCUGUAUUACAUUAAAAGAAUCUCGCCGUGUUUUCAGGUUUUCUCUCACAAUACGGAAGAAGAUGUAAGAAAACCGAUCAUGUUCCUCCGUCCACACGUGUCUCAAAACAAAUCCUCUAAUUUCUGAACAUUCAUCUGAAAAUAAUAAGAAGUUGAGAUGAAAGUGAGAAACAGAUUUCCACGACGAAAUGAAGGAACAUGGACCAAGAAAGACUCCGUCACAUUUCACUGCGGCUCUGGACGAAAAGGUGGGAACCAGGAAGUAUCAUCUCUUUCUUUAACAUUGUUACAUCUGACAUAUUAAACAGAUUAUAUAUGUGUUUAGAUAUGUGAGUGUGUGGAAUUUGGAUUUCAAAUAAAAACCGUUGGGUGUUAAAUUAAA